UUUUUGCACAGCAGAACUGCUUUAAAAAUGUUGUUAUGGUUAUUGUAUUUCUUCAGUAACUGACAGAAAUCACAAGGGUAUCUCAUUCUUUAAGUCCAUUUUUUUGGAAAGUGCUGAGUUCUUAGCCUAAUAUGCAAUGUUAAUUUUAAUAUAGCAGGACGAAAAUUUGCUGAGACACACUCAGGCUUCUGUCUGGGCUUUGUCAUCCUUGGGCAAACAGACAAGGGCAUGUGGCUAGGCAGGUGGCAAGAGUUUGUUUCUGAGCCCUAUUUACAGGCAGGUACCUUUCAGUGCAAGUGUGUAGCAGACUGUGACACUGCACAGAAAGAAAUGAAAACUGCAGUAGAAAGGUUUUGUGUUCAAAUUUAACAGGUUUGCCUUUCAGAACUAGUAAGAAGACUUUUUACUCCUUUAUGUAUGCAGUGAGAUGGCCCUUUGGCCUGAAGUUUGUUUCCAUUCAGUCAGGCUAAAACAAGUAUCAUCAAUCUUCCCCUUUCAAAAAUGCCUUACAUGUUUACAAAGAAAUACUUUCUUUCAAACUAUAUCUUUUUUUCUGAGACAGAAUAUUGUUUCAUUUUGUAUGCAUUCAUUUGUUGAUAACUUCGGACUGCAGUGUUCUUGGAAGUGAAAUGAUGGUGAGCAUUUCUUUGGUGUUCUUUAUGAGCAAAUAAUGUGACUACAAUGUUUAUAUAUAUAUUAAUAAUAAUUUGUAGAACCUACACAACAAAUUAACAUGGCUACACAGAGAUGUUCUGUCACUCAGUACAGUAAACAGCUCCAUUUAAUUUAAAUAAAUUUAAAAGGAGAGAUAUAGGGAGCAAAUUGCAGUUCCAUCUAAAAACUAUUUCUACACUUAAUGCUGCAGGAAGUGAUUAUGAAAGAAUGACUUGCGCAAAAUGGUUGCAUCAGCCAUUUCACUGAUGGGAGCUGACUAUCAAAAAGAGACGGAUCUGCAGCUGAAUUUCAGCUUGCAAGAGGAGAAUUCAAGAAUAAACUAUGCUUAUUUUUGUGUCUUCAUUCAACAGCAGGAAUAGAAGUGGCUGAAAUCUGCCUUUGAAGUGCAAUGUCAUGCAUGAUGCAUUUCACAAGUUGCACGCAAACUUCAAGUCAUGAUUUUGUUAGGACUGCAUCUAUUAAAGAAAAAGCUGUGCAAACUGAUAUUCCUUGUUGACAACAGAAUAGUUAAUAGAAACUGGGAAACUGUCAACAUAAAAUUUUGCCUGAGGAGCACAGCCAAAAUAUUUUCUUACCUCUGGGCUGUCAUCGCAUUAGACCUGCCAAAGAGUUUCCAGCUUUUAUUGUAAUUGCAGGUAUGAGGUGACUACUUGCAUCCUAAAGUACAUGACCUGUGCAGAAAUAGACAGAAAUGCAACAUGCAGUAUACAAGCAAAAUGUUAAAAUCAACAACCACACAUACCUGGCAAGUGUGGGCCAUCUACAUCAUCUUAACGGCAAACCUCUCUGAAGAGCAAGCUUUGAAGCAAGUUUGUCCUUCAUGCGAUGCCACUCAGUUUUGCAACUGUUCUUCCAGGGGUUUGAACUUCAUUCCCGCAGGGCUCACGGGUAAAAUCACAGGGUUAAACCUGGCUCACAACAGGAUAAAGCAUGUCCGAGCACAUGAUCUGCAGCAGGCUGUGAACCUGAGAGUUCUGCUACUGCCAUCCAAUGAAAUCAACUCAAUAGAGGAGGACUCGUUUCGCUCCCUUGCAAGACUAGAGCUCUUGGACUUAUCAAAUAACAGCUUGGCUCGCUUGUCUCCUGCCUGGUUUGGGCACCUUUUUUCACUCCAGCACCUCAACAUUCAAGGAAAUUCCUACAGUGACCUGGGGGAAAGUUCCCUCUUUUCUAACCUGAGAAACUUGAGCGCUCUCUACCUGGGCAAUGCACAGUUCUCCACGAUAAGGCAAGGAAACUUUGAGGGCAUUACACUUCUUGAUGAGUUGUGGAUUGAUGGCAGCAAUCUCAGUCAGUAUGAGCCAGGAAGUUUGAAAUCAGUUAAGAAGAUACAUCAUAUAAUCAUCAACCUAAAAAGUGUGGAUGUAUUCUCAGUGAUUGUGGAGGAUCUUCUGCACUCUGUCACAUGGUUGGAAGUUAGAAAAAUAGCAUUCAGUAUACCUGCUGAAAUGCAACUAUUGAGAUUCAUGUCUUUUUCUUUUGCAAAGAAAAUUUCUUUUAAACAGGUUUUGUUUACAGAUGCUACUGUGCCUGAGAUGAUCAGCAUUAUAGAGGACAUGACAGAAUUAAUGGAGGUGGAGAUGAAAGAUUGUAGACUUUUGGGAACCGGUCAUUGGAGUACACAAAUUCACGUAAACCAAUCACGUUCUCUCCGAGUUGUAACAAUAGAGAAAUUAUCUAUUGAAGAAUUUUAUUUGUUUUCAGAUCUUAAGGCUGUUGUAGAUCUAGUAUCUCCUCUUACCAAAAUCACAGUCGAAGAUACCAAGGUCUUUCUGGUACCAUGCAGACUUUCACAGCAUCUUUUGUCAUUAGAAUAUCUUGACCUCAGUGAGAAUUUGCUUGGAGAUCAGAGUUUGGAGCAUUCAGCCUGUCAGGGUGGUUGGCCCUUACUGCAAAUUCUAAAUUUAAGUCAGAAUUCACUGAGUGACUUAAAAAUGACAGGUAAAAGCUUAUCUCACCUGAGAAAUCUAAUUCUCUUAGAUAUUAGUCAAAAUAAUUUUGGUGAGAUUCCAGACAUGUGUCAAUGGCCAGAAAACCUGAAACAUUUAAAUCUCUCUAGCGCUCAAAUUCCUAAAUUAACAACCUGCAUUCCUCUGACUCUUGAAGUUUUGGAUGUCAGCGCUAAUAAGCUGAAGGAGUUUGGGCUGCAACUCCCUUUUCUCAAAGAGCUGUACAUUGCAAAAAACCAGCUGAAGACCUUGCCUGAUGCUGCACCCAUUCCUAACUUGGUGGCCAUGACAAUCAGAAGAAACAAACUCAACAGCUUCUCCAAGGAAGAGUUUGAGGCCUUUAAGAAAAUGGAGAUGCUGGAUGCCAGUGACAAUAACUUUAUCUGCUCCUGUGAAUUCCUCUCCUUCAUUCAUCAUCAGGCUGGAAUAGCCCACAUCUUAGCGGGGUGGCCGGAAAGCUACAUCUGCGACUCUCCCCUGGCGGUGAGAGGGGAGCAGGUUGUAGCUGUGCAUCUCUCACUGAUGGAGUGCCACAGAUCCCUCACCAUGUCAUUAAUCUGUGCUCUGGUGUUCCUGGUCGUCCUCGUCCUUGUGGUCGUUGGGUACAAGUAUCACGCAAUCUGGUAUGUGAGAAUGACCUGGGCAUGGCUCCGAGCCAAGCGGAAGCCCAAGCAAGGCCCCCCAAAGGAUAUGUGCUACGAUGCUUUUGUCUCCUACAGUGAGAAUGACUCUGACUGGGUGGAAAACAUCAUGGUGCAGGAGCUGGAGCAGGCCUGUCCGCCCUUUCGACUGUGCCUCCAUAAACGGGACUUUGUGCCUGGGAAGUGGAUUGUGGAUAACAUCAUUGACUCCAUAGAGAAAAGCCACAAAACGCUGUUUGUGCUGUCGGAGCACUUUGUGCAGAGUGAGUGGUGCAAAUACGAGCUGGACUUCUCGCACUUCCGCCUCUUUGAUGAGAACAACGAUGCAGCGAUUCUCAUCCUCCUGGAGCCUAUUCAGAGCAAAGCGAUUCCCAAAAGGUUCUGCAAACUGCGGAAGAUAAUGAACACAAAGACCUACCUGGAGUGGCCUCCUGGUGAGGAGCAGCAGCAGAUAUUUUGGGAAAACCUGAAAGUAGCCUUAAAAUCAUAGAACAAGUCAGUAAUCCCUGUUUCAGCACCUUUCCAGAAAGGAUAUGUGUCAAGAUUUUUCCUGUUAAGAAAUUCUUGCUUUGUUUUUCUGCCUAAUGAGGACUGGCUUUGCUGUGGGUAGAAAUAAUUAUCUUCGCAUUAAGGAAAAUGAUCAACUUCAAGCUUUCCAAUAUUGUUGAGACUCUGGUCUUUUAAAAUUGGUAAGACAGACUGGACUUGACACUUUUCUAAUUACAUUUAGCUGAAUUUAGUGUAUUUCUGGGGUCUUUUCUAGUGUUACAUCUCCAAACAGUUCCUAACAAUGUCAUUCUUUUUUAUAAUGCAAAAUAAAAGCAAAGUACUUCAACACUU